UGGUUGCGAUUGGGUUCUCAUACAGGAUUGAUAAUAGAGAGAGAAAGAGGAAAAUAAGUAUUUACUCUUGUUUUCAAGAAGGGGAGAGAGAGGGAGAGCCGGAAAAGGGAAAGAGGCGGAGGAUCGGCGAAAGCGAGUGGAUUGGCGUCGGAGAUAAGGAAUUGUCUCAAAGGAAAGAACGCAAGGAAGGAAUCUCUCUUGUUCCACCUCGUUCUUUAUAGUUCAGCCUUAGAAGAAGAAGAGAGGGAGAUUUGGGCAGGAGAAAAGAAGGAAGGUGAGAGAUCUAUUCGAAGGAGUAAGGAGAGAAGAAAACAGGAAGGAAGGGAGGAACGAUCGUGCGCCGUGGCCUCGGUUGGAUCCAGGUAUUGAAACCCUAGCUCUUGAUUUCUCUAUGUUUUUAGGUUGUUUUAGCCCCUCGUCAUCUCUGGACACGCCAUGGGAAGGGCUGGGGUUCUGCCGCUCCGAUCGCCACGAAAUCCACCAGAUUUGCUCCGGAAGUCGGUCUUGUUCUGGGAAUCGGAGCUGGUCUUGGAUCUUUGACAACAGGAAGGCAGAGGAUGAUGGCAGAUGGAGACUAGGGUUGGACUUUGUGUGGAAUCCUGGGCGCCGAUCGUUAGAUCCAUCCCUUCUGAAGAUGGCGGAGUGUUGGACAUCUUGGCUUGAAAUCAGAUUCCAUGGUUUCUGGUUAGAGAUCUUUUGACCUGAUCUCAUCCAUGAAGGAAGAAGAGACUUGUUGCUGUGAUCUUCCUCGUCGAUUUAUAGGUCUUGGCUUGGACUUGGAUCUGCUAUCCAUGUCUUCUUCCUCAUCUCUAUGGCUGCCUCGGUUAUAAAGGGAGCAUAGCUGCUGUAUUGGCUGAGGAGAGUGGCAUUCUUGCUUCUUCUCGAACUGCCUUCAGUUUAUUACUAGAUUGUUUUAGGGUUUUGACGGGUUAAUUACUUCUUGGAGUGCCGUCAUUUGUUUCAUCGUCAUCCGAGUUUAUUUUCUGUUGCUUCUGCUACUAGCCUUAAAAUCUGGGACGAUUUUGGGGUUUCCCUUUGUUUUGAAGGGAUGGAGAUUGUUGGCUUGAGACUGGAUUAGGGCAUCUUGUGACCCUUGCUUCCUUCGUUGCAGUGAUUCUUCUUUGCUGUUUUAUGUUUUUGAUCAGAUGAUCUUUAGCAGAGGAGGACGCUUUGGAAAAUUUUCGAUCCAAGAUUUAGUACUCAGGGGAUUUUCCUUACUUGGCAUACACCUUAUUAGCUACGGUUGAAAUCCUAGGUACAGUGGUGCUAGGCAGUGGAUCUCUUGAGAGGUGAAUGAUUAUCUGUCCUCUGAAUAAUUUAUCUGUGCUCUGGUGGAGACUGGCAAAAGUGUGGAAUGGGGGAACCCUUACUGCCUUUUCUCGUGUGUGUUGUCGCCCUGCCAAUUUUUGGAGGAGUAAUGAUAGAUUUCGUACUGUGACUGUGUGCUUGAAAGUUUUAGUUUGACACUGUUAAUCUGGCUCCAUAGUUGUUGUUUUCUGAAUCUGCACUGAAGGAAGAGAUGCAGGCAUGCCUAUAAGGCUGGUUAACAUGAUCAGCCUCAAGAGGCAGGCUCAUGUUGAUUUGGAUGUGGUCACGUGAUUGAUAACAUCUAGUCUUUUACUUCAUCUUGGGAAGCAAGAAGAUGAGGGAUCUGAGUCAAUGGUUGGUUUCCAAUCUUCUAGGUUUAAGGCAUAAUAUAUCAUACUCCAAUUUAGCAUGAAGUGAAUGCAAGACUUUCUGGCAUACUUCUUAAAGUGUAUGCUGUAUAUUUUGUCUAGAUUCGUUUGUGUACUUGUACUAGAGGUUCUCCCUCUGCUCUUGAAUAUCCCAAUCACCGGGAAGGAUCAAAUUCCUGUAAGAGCUGUGGUGGCAAAUUGGCAGUUGACAGGCAAGGAUCCCUGUCAGGAAGCAUGCUGAGCACUGUUGGACUGGAACUAUCAAGAGUUAUCGAUCCUCAGUUGAACUGGAAGAAGGCUUCUAAAGGCAGGCAAAGGACUGUAAGACGAGCUAGGACUUCAUUUCCUGGGGGAAACAAAAAGAGGUCUACAACCAAAAGUUUGAAGGAUAGUGAGGAUGCUGCUGACAAAGAAUUAAAGAGAGCAGGGGACAUUCCAGUUUCUGAAUCAGAGAAGCUUGGUGUAAGUAUUCUUGGACGACGAUUCAGUGAUGCUUUAGAAAGCGUUCCAAUAAAGAAAAGACGAUUUUUGUUAGUCCGUUCUCCAUCCCCACCACCCAAACCGUCUUCUCAUUCUGGUGACUGUGAUCACAUGGUAGAGACCCAGGGUGCUUCAUAUCAGAGGACUGCAUCAUAUUCGAAACAGCAUCAAGAAAAAUCCAUUGCUGAUGAUAAAACUGGUUUAAAGGAUUUAAAUGAAGAGAUUUCUGAUGCUGUCGAUUUCUCUGGUAUUUCAAUAUUGGCUGCUGCUGCUUGUGACAGUGACAUGAGUUGUGACAGCAUGAAUCCUGAAGAUUUAGGUUUUAAUGGGCAUGCUUCUAAAGCGGAUGACCUUUUAGGGAGCUCCACUUGUGUUGAAUCACAUUCCUUAUUUGAAGUAACAAAGGAUCAACUUCAGCACAGGUCUGAAGAUUUGCGUGGUAAAUCUGACAUACAUCUGGAAGCAUCUUCUACAUUAGACCUGCCUGGUAAGGGAUCAGACAGAAUGAAAUUGGAUGAAUCAAAUGAUACAGAAAGCUCUACUGGGACCUUGCAAAAUUUUCCAGACAAAACAGGGACAAAACCUUCUUCUCGUGAUUCUAGAUUUCACUGGGAUCUUAACACUGUGAUGGAUGCAUGGGAGAGUAAUUGUGAUGUAGUCGUGAAUUCCAAGCCACUUGCUCCUGAUGUUGUUGGUGCAAAUGGUAUCCAUAAUGAAAAUAUGGAAAACAUCGAAACUUCUCGAGGUGACAUGGAGUGUGGAGAUGCCAAACAGGCUCUUGAACUUGUUGACGCCAGAAUUCAGGUAGGUGGCAUACCAAAAGUUGAUUAUAGAUUACUGGAUACCGAAGUGCAAGACAGACCUGGUGUACCGAAGGAUAACUCUGCUGUAGAUCUUGAUUGUUGUUCUCUUCCUUGUGGCGAUGGUUUGGUCCAAGAGGAGCAUCAAUUGGACAAAGCCUCUGUUGCUGUGGCAGUUUCUUUUGAGGAAACAAAACUUCUGCAUGAUCAGGAGAUGGGCAGCUGCACAACAAAAAUUUCUUCUCUAGCUGGAGGUGUCAUGGGUCCAUUAGGGGACCCUCUGGUGACUGAUGUGGUACGGCAAGGAAAAGACGAUAUCUGCUUUGGCUCUGAGGUGGAAGCUGAAACCUCAUCUUCUCAUCUGGUUUCCAGUGUGAAUGUGAGCUGUGGCUGUGCAACCCCUCCAUCUGAAUUGCAUCCCAAAGUGGACCUGUUAAUCAAUGAACCAACCUUGGAGGAAGACAGAAAUCCAGCAUCUUUAGCUUAUUUUGCUAACUUCUCUGCUGAUCGUUGCCUGACUGAUGCUAGAAUGGGGCAACCCACUCAGAUAAGCAGUUCUCAAGGUGAGAAGCAUGGAUGUUUUCAUCAUGAUUCUCAGAGUGGCAACACUGAUCAGUGUCUCAAUGUUAGUUCUCCUGCUGAAAAGGCCUCUGAUGGAAAUAUCUGUGCAAAUGUGAUAAAUGCUGGUGACUUACCCAGUGAACUUGUGAGCCCUGAUUGUAUAGGUGAAACUGAAUGUGAUCAUGCUGAUAAGGGCAGUGAAGCAGAAAUAAACCCUUGCCUAUCAAAUUCUCAUCCUCAGCAAGGAUCAUCUAAUCAUGAUGAGUUUUCUUCCAUAGGCACUGCUGCUGGUGAAUAUGAAACAACUGCUGCAGAGUUGACGAUGGACAAUGAUAAAGUACCUGUGGACUCUGAUGUUGAUUUGGGUGCCACCAUAACUGAUAAAUCUGAUCAUAUCAUCUCCAACACUUCUGAUGGCAAUUCAGCGGGUGCGGUGGCUGCAGUGAUUGAUGCAUCUCCCUUGGAUUGUCCUGUGAGUUCCCAUGAAGCAAGUAAAAACCAUAUGGAUGGUUUUGUGAAUGGUCCUGCUGAGGCUGCUUUAGGUGAUCAUUUUGAUUGCUACAAUGAGUCAUAUGCACCUCAAAAUGAUGCCGAUCGGGCUGUUGGAAUGGAAAAAGUGGACCUUGAAGAUGAUGAUUCUCAAUAUGAAGAUGGGGAACUCAGAGAAUCUCUUUUGAAUACUUGGGGUGAAGAUGGUGCUGAGGAAGGAGAAUCUGAACAUGUGGAUUAUGGGUCUGACAAUGGAGAGAAUGAUAUGUUUGAAGCUGCUUCCAGUUUCCCGCCUACUCCUCUCCAGCUUGAUCAUAUGGCACGCAAAAAUGGAGGGUUACCCAAUGGUAGCCAUGAUGGAACAUGGGCUGGGAAGAACGAUGCACAACAUGCUGCUUCGCAACCCUUAUUGAAGUGCUUGUCUGAAGCAGAUGUCCGGAAUGUUGGAUUUGGGAAGCAGAUUAUUGGAAGUAUUGCGAAUAAAGUUCAGAGAAGUUAUAGUAAGAAGCCAGGUGGGGAUGCGAGAGAUGCUCCAGAAUUUGGUUUAGGUCAUGAUAGGGUGAUUGGAUACAGUAAGUUUCUUAAAGAAGGUGACGAUGCCAAGGAGUUUAGCCAUUCAGCAAGAAUGAAGUCUUCUGGAUGGGAUCAGUUGCCUGAAUGUCGUAGAAGUUCUAGAGAUGGCCUGAAGGAUGCUGCACUUCAUUCUGUUGGCCAAGAUCAUGUUUCUUCUUCUAUGGAUGCCUCUGGUGCUCAUGAAUCCUUGAAAAGGGUGGGAUCAUCAUUGAAGAGAGACUUAUCAUCUCGAAUCGAGAGGCCAAAUUCCACUGAUGGGUCACACAGGAUGGAUAAGCCAUAUGUUAGGGCAAGCAGGUAUAAUGAUCGGAAUGGUUUAGAUUCAAAAGCUGAAAGGGAUAUAGGUGCUCCUAGAUCAGUUGGAAGGGGUGGAUCAUCUCGGCAUGCUCAGGGCCGGGGCAGAGGCGACCAUUGGGCUGAUUCUUCCAACCGCUAUGGUCCCAGUCAUCAUGAGUCAUCAGGUUGCUAUGGCCCACCUAGUUUCACUCACCCUGCUUCAAGAAAUGCAGCUGCAGCUGCUGUGGCAAAGGUGGAGAGUAGCGGCUUUGUUGUUGCACCUGAUGGCACAAUUGUUAGAGCUGGUGGCAUGGGAUCUGCCAGUCGGCUACCCAGACGAUCAGCAAAUGCUCCAAUGCGGAGUACACAUCGUUCUCUAUCAACAAGGGGAUCACCAAUUGAGAGAGACAGAGCAUGUGGUAUGCAGAGAGGACUUGGACAUUCAAGAGAGAGCCCUGAUAGACAUGCUGGUAUUGAUUGGGGUCAGGUUGGCAGAUAUGGUCCAGAAGCGGCCAGGGAGCGGUAUCGCAGGCCUGUGUCUGAUGACUGCAUGGAUUCAUCAUUGUCAUUGCAGAAUUCUAUAUCAAGGAGAGAGAGAAGCUUUUCCCCACGUAGAGGGCCUGUUCAUCUAUCUCGGUCUUGUACCAGAUCUCCUUCAAGAUCCAGGACUCGCUCCCCCAAUAUGUGGACAGCACCCAGGGGAAGGAGUGAUGGGAUGAAUGGGGGGCCUGGUUCACGCAGGCACAGUAGGUCUCCUCCAAAUUUCAAGACUGAAGCCAGGAUGGAGAGAAUGAGGUCACCCCGUAGGCGACCAGGCUUUGAGAAUCACAUGGUAGGCCAUGGCCCAACAUCCAGAAACCAUGCCUCCCCACCUCGUUCUUCAAGAUGGGUUAAUGAUAGGAAAGAGUCACCAGAUCAUCUUAGAGAACAUGACUACAAGCAAUGCAGGGUCUUCUCACGAACUGAUCGGUAUGACCUACUGGAUUCCUCAGGAAGAUUGAAGCCGGAUGAGUACUAUCGUUCCAUGUACCCUAGCAGGUUCCGUGGAUUUGUUGGUUUUGUUAGGGGAGCCAGGCAUGAUGAGAGUGGUGAAGAUAGACGAGGACAUGGUGAGAGAUAUGGAAUGCUUCAUUCUGUAAGGCAGCAUGAUAUUGAUGGCAAUAUAAAGCAUCUGCGGUAUGAUGCUGAAGAUGGUUUUAGGGCUCAUAACCCUCCUCCCAAAUCCUCAGAGUUCCACCGGCGAGGGAGCCCAAGGGGCUUUGACAGACACAUCGAGAGCCAACUUGAAGACUCACCUCAAAGGGCUAAAGAAGAGAAAAGUCAUUUUAGAUAUGGCAGAAGUGGAAGGCCUAAUGCCAGUUUUGAGUCAUAUGGAGUCCGAGAUCGCGAUGAUGACAGUACGACCCCACAGAGAAGGCCUUCAUGACUGCAUGUGCACUAAUUAUUCGAUCUGCUGCUUACAUGGGAUGCCAAGGAGAUGCUCAACCCCAUGAUUUUUUUUCUUUCAGAGGGAAAGGUGUCUUAGUCUGGCAACAUUUUGUAUUUCUAGUGCUUGUAAAAAUCUUACAUCAUCAGUAGAACUUUGGAAAAUUUUGUUUGGGUUUGAGGUUGUCUUUUUUGCCCUCCAUUUUCAUUAUAUAUUUUUAAUCUGGGUCCAAUUUGAGUCGGGUGUAAUCUUUAUAUGGGACCCAUUUGAAUAUGUCCAACCAAUGGAAUUUGAGCUUGUGCCUUUUGACAAUUGGCAUGAUUGUUAACUUGGAUAAAGUUUAUGGAAAUUCUAAUUA